UGUGUUGAGUUUGCAUGUUCUCCCUGUGUUUGUGUGGGUUUCCUCCGGGUGCUCCGGUUUCCCCCACAAGUCCAAAUACAUGCGCUAUAGGUGAAUUGGGUAGGCUAAAUUGUCCGUAGUCUAUGUGUGUGAAUGGGAAUGUAUGGGUGUUUCCUAGUGAUGGGUUGCAGCUGGAAGGGUAUCCGCUGCAUAAAACAUAUGCUGGAUAAGUUGGCGGUUCAUUUUGCUGUGGCGACCCCUGAUUAUUAAAGCAACUAAGCUGAAAAGAAAAUGAAUGAAUGAACAAAUGUGGGUCAAGAUAGGCCAAACUUACAUGGCCCACAUAUCAGUUAUUAACAUCUGGGCCAAAUACUACAAUUUACAUCUGGCCCAAGUAUUGUGUGCAGCCUUUAAGACCACCUCUUCCAAACCAGGGACAUAUUUGGCCCACAUGCUGUAUGCCAGUGCCAAAUGAAUGCCUGCUGUGCCAGAUUUAUGCCAAAUCUGGGCCAAAAUUCUUUGCUACCUGGGAGGUUCUUUUUAUUUUAACAUUUAGAUGCUGACUGGUAAAGAUCCCUGCACAUUCAAUUCCUGCAAAUCCUGUAUAUUUAAAUCAAUCAAAGAAUGACUUCAAAUCUGCUGAAGGGUUUUCAGAAAUGUGUGCCAAAUAUGGAUCAGAUGUUUUGUGGGUGGUGCUUGGUGUGACGUCUGAGGCAGAGACUAUAUUUUACCGUGCGUAUUUCUACUUUAACUGGUUUGUGCAACAUUGGUUAAUCACAACUAAGUGCCUAAUGUAAAGUAAAAGAUUCAGACACAUCUCAGAAGUCAGAAGAGUACAAAUUACUGUUAUAAGAAAAAUAUGGGUCAGAGAACAAAUGAAGCGAUGUGUCCAAUCCAGGGUGUCCCAUUACCAGCGCGGAUAGUCAAAUACUGGACAAAAGUGGAGCAGUUCCAGGCGUCAAAGGAGGAUUUGCUUAUUGCAACUUAUCCUAAAGCAGGGACUACAUGGACACAGGAAGUAGUGGAUCUAAUCCUGAAUGAUGGAGAUGUUGAAAAGUGUAAGCGCGCCCCCACUCAGGUGCGCAUGCCGUUGUUAGAGAUGACCACUGCAGAUGAUCCAAGUGCAGGUAUAACCAUGCUGGAGGCUAUGGUUCCCCCUCGUGUUAUCAAAACCCAUCUCCCCAUCCAACUUGUGCCUCAUUCAUUCUGGGAGGCUGGUUGCAAGGUUAUUUACGUGGCCCGUAAUCCGAAAGACAGUGUGGUUUCCUAUUAUCAUUUUGACCGCAUGAAUCUUAGCCAGCCAGAGCCUGGUCCUUGGAAACAAUAUCUGGAGAAGUUCAUGACAGGACAAUUGGUUUGGGGAUCCUGGUAUGACCACGUGAAAGAAUACUGGAGGAAAAGGCAUGAUAAGAAAAUACUUUACAUUUUCUUUGAGGACAUGAAAGAGGACCCUGCUCGUGAAGUGAGCGACAUUGCUCAAUUCCUUGGACGGCAGUUAUCAAAAUCAAUAAUAGAUCAUAUUGUCCAAAUGACAACUUUUUCUGUUAUGCGAGAAAACCCCAUGGCAAACUACUCAACUGUCCCAGAUACAAAAUUUGAUCGUACAGUCUCAGAGUUCAUGAGGAAAGGUGAGGUUGGUGACUGGAAGAAUCACUUUAGUGCUGAAGAGGAUGCUGCAUUUGAUGAACAUUACCACAGAAUGAUGGCUGAUUGUCCUCUUCCAAUACGCUUCACUAUAUAAAACACAUCAUAUAUGCUUAUUUUUGGGUCAACCUGUACAUUAUUUGCCAACAAUAUAUAUUAAUAUAA